AUGAUCUUAAGAACUAUUUUAAAAAUUUCCUCUUUAAAUUUUAGUGUUAGUCCAAUGUCUACUGUUGCUGAUAUUGCCAUCUUGAGCGAUUCUAAGUCAUUGGCAAUCAAAUAUUUGAAACAAGGACAGGUUGUGGCUGUUCCCACUGACACAGUGUAUGGCUUAGCUUGUAACGCCUACGACAUCUCAGCCAUCAACAAGUUGUAUGCCAUAAAACAGAGGAACGAAAAUAAACCUGUUGCAAUUUGUGUUGGGAGGGUUAAGGAUGUUAAAACUUGGGCUGUGGUGGAUCAUUUGCCAAACGGCCUGCUAAGUGCUCUUCUACCUGGCCCUGUGACACUAAUAUUGACUUGUGCUAAUAAACUUGAUAAAUCUGUUGUGUUCAACGGUAAGGUCGGGAUUCGCAUUCCGGAUUAUCCAUUUAUUAGGGAUCUUGCUAAUGGUUUAGGAAAACCGUUAGCUUUGACUAGUGCUAACUUAAGUAAUGAACCUAGUGCAUUGACUGUUGAUGAGUUUAAAGUCCUCUGGGAUAAAGUUUCUGGUGUUUUUGACGGCGGUCGUUUAGGUUUGGAUCGCAGUGCAUCUACCAUUGUUGACCUCUCCAAACCAGGCACAUAUCAUAUACUGAGGGAAGGCAUAGCACUAAAGGAAACUACAAGUAUUUUAACCAAAUUUGGUUUAGUUAUACAAAAUGAAUAA